AUGGGGCUAUGUGACAUCCGGGCUAUGGGGCUAUGGGACAUUGGGACACCAACCACAGGGUACUCUCUGGCUCAUGAAGAUGCACAAGACUGGGGAGGAUGCGUUUGUGGCGAUACGAUAAGGAGAAUGCAGGAAGCAUGGAGAAACGGUUUGAAAGUGACUCAAUUUAGAAACUCCAGCAGGGAGUAUGCAACCUACAUCAAAGCUGGGGUGUAUGGACAAGGAUACGUCUUCAUGUUUGAAGAUCAAUCGACAGAGAUGCUCAUUGACAGGAGUAUGAUCCAGAACAAGGGGCUUCCUAUCUUCGACCCGGCCUCGAGAAGACUGUCCGACGAUGCCAGUGAUUAUGGCAUGCUCAUACAAAGAGCCGCUGAGAUCCACGUGGUGGACAGCUGCUUCUCCAUGCUUGCCGAAGUGCUGGGGAGUGUCGGCGCGAAAGCUGCGGUCAUUCACAGGUUUGCCAGCAGGAUAGUGAGGUCGGGUCGUGCUACCUGCCGACAGCAUGAAAUGUUCCAACUCACAUCCGAGAUGUUCUCUAUCCAGGCCGUCCCUCUCGGAGCCGGGAACAUUGAUGUAGAGAUCAUCUACCCUUCAGAGAACAUGGUGAUCGAGAGCCGUGACCUGCAAUCGGCCACGACGCUUGAGAGGGCCGUGCAGCUCAGCAUGCAGAACUUCCAGGUUGGAGCCGGAGAUAUCCGGUUGCUGCUGAAGUACACUCGUUACAACCACACCGAGGACGCUUUCUACACAAUCUCUCUGCUCGACAGUGUCCUCGUCCCCGUCAUCGGAGCCAAGUGUCCACACCUUCAGGGAAGGCAGAUGGAGAUGGAGAAUGGACGCUGUCUAAUACAUAGCACCGCAGUCUUGAAGGAUCCAGGGAACUUCUCUACUGAGAUUCAGAUCUUUAGCAAGGGCAAAAGAUUACAUGCGCAUGAGGUGCAGUUUCAGGUAGUUUGA